AGAGGGGGGUCUUCCAUCACUGGAGGAAAUACCCUCACACACACGCCCACCACUCUCACCCUCUCACUGGCACACACACUCACACACACUCACACACACACACACAUGCACAUUGAAGGUAAAACAUCGACGUGGGCGUUUUCCCUUUUGUGCUGACAUAAUCCCCUCCAUAGACGCAAGCCCAGCGGGGAAGGGAAACGACCGGGAUAUUAACGGGAUCAGCCGGCGGCUCUUUUUCAUGGCACGGGUUCGGGAAUCGUCACCAGCACCCGGGGAAACGCCAGCAGACCAGUGGCGCUGGAAUGCCGCCUCGCUGAUCGUUGAGUGCUAACUGAUGAGCUGAUCCACGGAUCUAGGAGAAGGAGGCAAAGAGAGAGGCAGACAGAAAGGGAGAGGGAAAUAGAAGAGGAGAGUCACGACAAGCCCUGUUCUCGUCUUUAGAAUCGAAGAUCAGAAGCCAUGCCUGUCCUUUCCCCAACCACAGGGCUCCACGAGCUGUUGGCUCUGCUCACCUCCCAUCUCCAUCCAGAUGCCAACCAGAAAGAGGACCUGGGCUUCCUCAAGGAGGUCUUCAGCGAGAGGAGUCUGGGGUACCUGAUGAAGAUCCAUGAGAGAAUGAGGUUGUAUCAGCGUCAGAGCCCAACCCCUGUGCUCCACAGCGCCUCCUAUCUGGCUGAAGAUGUGGUGGAGGAGCUGCAGAAUGGAUCGUUAGAUGGAGACGAGAGGGAGUUGUUUCUCCUGCUAACUGCUCCUCACAUCAAGGCGGUCUUGUCCGUGCAUGACACGGUGGCCCAGAAGGACUUCGACCCGGUUCUGCCCCCCGUGCCCGAGGAUCUGGACGACGAGCUGGAGGAGGAGUCUGUGAAGAUCGUGCGACUGGUGAAGAACAAGGAGCCCCUGGGUGCAACCAUUCGUAGGGAUGAUAUAACUGGUGCUGUGGUGGUGGCCAGGAUCAUGAGGGGAGGGGCAGCUGACCGUAGCGGUCUAGUUCACGUGGGCGAUGAGCUUAGAGAGGUAAAUGGAAACCUCAUCAUUCACAAACGACCUGAUGAGAUCAGCCAGCUAUUGUCCCAGUCCCAGGGCUCCAUAACACUGAAGAUCAUCCCAGCCAUUAAGGAGGAAGACAAGCUUAGUGAAAGCAAGGUCUACCUAAGGGCCCUGUUUGACUACACACCUUUCGAUGACAAGGCCACACCCUGCCAGGAGGCGGGACUUCCUUUCCAGCGCGGGGACAUCCUGCAGGUGGUGAGCCUGGACGAUGCCACCUGGUGGCAGGCCAAGCGCGUGGGCGACAGCAACCUGCGCGCCGGACUCAUCCCCUCCAGACAGUUCCAGGAGAAGCGCCUGAGGCACAGAAUAAAAAUGGGCACCUACCAGGGCCCCAAAUCUCCCAGUGCCCCGCCAUAUGACCAGAAUAGUGAGAGAGAGGACUGCGACAGUGAUGCGAGCAGCAGUGGCCAACACAUAGCUGUAGUUUCUCCCAAGUGGAAGGCGGUGGCGCCCUCCUGUGGCCAGGCCUUUUCCUGGGAGUUUUACUCAGCUGGACUCCGUAGAAGUUUCCGGCUCAGCCGAAAAGAUCGCCAGGGCUCGGGAGAGACUCGGACUCCGGACUCCAACGAUCCCGAGUUCUUCAUCUACGAGGAGGUGACCCUGUACCAGCAGAGGCCCACGGAGCGACCCAGACUAGUGGUGCUGAUUGGCUCUCUGGGGGCUCGGAUCAAUGAGCUCAAGCAGAGGGUGAUUGCUGAGAACCCCCACCGCUAUGGAGUAGCAGUGCCGCACACCACUCGAGCCCGUAAGAGCCAUGAGAAGGAGGGAGUGGAGUACCACUUCAUCUCCAAGCAGGCCUUCGAGGCCGACGUCCAGAAUAACAAGUUUAUUGAAUACGGGGAGUACAAGGACAACCAGUAUGGUACAAGUCUGGAGUCCAUUCGUAGUGUGUUGGCCAGGAACAAGCUGUGUCUGGUGGACGUUCAGCCCGAGGCUCUGAAGAUCUUGCGCACGGCGGAGUUCAAGCCCUACGUGAUCUUUGUGAGGCCUCGUAUCUCGGACACACUCAUGAGACGCAGUGCCUCCACCUCACCGGGCAGGAGCGACAAUGGACACAUCACAGAGGAAGACCUGCAGGAGAUGAGGCACUCGGCUGAACAGAUGGACCAGCAGUACGGCCACCUGGUUGACCGGGUCCUCGUGAAGGAGGACUCAGCCAGUGCCUGCCUGGAACUGCGGAACAUUCUGGAUCGCCUGGACAGAGAACCUCACUGGGUGCCAGUCCACUGGGUCCGGAGUUAGCCCACCCCGCCUCAAAACAAACCUAGAACGACCCUCCCCAUCUCCACUUUUCCGAAAAAUGAAUGUGUAAUGUUUUAAAGUAUCCUAUCAGAGGGGUGGCAGUCUGCCAAGGCAAGGUUGGCCCCCUGUAGCUGUGGUCCUCUACCUCUCUGUAUUCUAUUCCGUUACUGUAGUGUUCUACUCUGCCAAUGGAGGGCAUCUGUGGGGUGUCCUGGGAUUCUGGCUCUCAGUUCUCUGUGUGAAUGUUCCGCAAAACACAGAGGGGAGGAGCCAAGCUGUUCAGUGUAUACGUGUUCAGUAUACCUGUAAAUAUGAAAUACAAAAGGCUGUGUCAUAAGAAUGAUGUGGGGUUUUUGUGUAUUUGAGUGUGUGUGUGUGUGUGUGUGUGUGUGUGUGUGUGUGUGUUCGUGCGUGCGCACGAGAGAGUGUGUGAGAGAGAGUGAAAGAGACCAUGUGUGUGCAUAUUUGUAUGUAUAUGUGUACGUAUAAAAAUAUAUGUGUGUGUGUGUGUGUUGUUCUACAGUAUCAUGAGAAGCCGUUGGCAAAACCACAAAUUGUCUCCAAGUAUACCUGCUGUGCCCUCUACAAAAACAGAAGCAUUCCAUUUUGUGUGUGACUCUUUUACCUUCUGGCACAUUCUGAAACAUUAUGCAAACUACGUUUGACUCUAAGGGCUCUCAUUUGAAUGUUGGGCAAAGUACAAUGACUUAGUUAAAUUACAAAAUAAUUUUCCUAAUUUGACACCAUGGCCAAGACUGCAAAUACUGAUGAGUCAGCUCAAUGUGCCCACCUGCCACACGAUAGCUACAGUUAAUGCACGAAAACGCUGUUUGUUGAUGAACGUUGCACUUUGGCCACCAUCUAAAUUUGGGCCCCUAAAUGUCCUGUUUACGACUUAUGUCAAAAUUAAUAUACAAUUGAGUGCACCAAGAAGAUUGAAUGUAUGAAGAAUGUCAACAUAUAUGCUGUGCCAGAAAUAUUAUAAACUAAAUGCUUUGUGUCUACAAGAAAAAAAUAUAUAUUGCUGGAAUGAGGUUGAACAUACAGAAUAUGCAUUUACGCACGGAUUGUUAGGUUAUACUGUACUUUAAUCAUAUGCUGUGGUGUCUGUUCUAACCCUAUGAAAGUACAAGCAUAGCUAAUGUAUUACACUUGUCUGGAUACACUGGAGGUGGCUGGUGAGAGUGCUCUGUUUUAUGACUUGGAUCCUCUUAUUUUUGUAUUAGACUGUAAAGUGGGUAGACACUUAAUGGAAUAGUAAUGAAAUGAAUAAAAUAGGAAUGAAAACGA